CUUCAACCCCAGCCGUAUGCUUUAUUUAUUGCUUUUAACAUUUCUUAGUUCUUAGACUUUCUCCAUUUUCGAAGCGAAAAUCUCUCUCUUCAAACAGCUCUAGGUUUUUGCCAAUUCCACCGAGAAUUAAGCUACUCAGAUCUCCUUUGCGAUCCCAAAUCUCUCUUUUUUAUUUUUUUUUUCUCUUCUCGCUUCGCUUUCGAUGAAACUCUCACAGUCGUUGACGAUCUAAGGGGAUUUAUCUUUAUCUACCACUUUUAGGCCCUUCAAUGCUGUGAAUGGUUUUAGGGGAAUAUUUGUAUGCUGAAAAUGGAUUAUGAAGAAGUUUUGAAGGCAGUUUUUCCUUUAUUGGAUGGUGUGGACCUUGCUUCUUGUAUGGCAGUGAGUAAGCAGUGGAGAGACAUAGCCCGAGACGAUUACUUUUGGAAAUGUGUAUGUGCCAAGAGAUGGCCUUCGAUCUGCAAGCGGCCUAACCCUCCAACUUUAACCUUCUAUAAGCUAUAUCAGACCUUUUAUAAACGUCAGAAUCGUCGAACUCUUCUUCCCCCACGGCUGUCCUUUGAUGAUUUGGAAUUUUUUAUUGACAUUUGGACUGAAGGCAGAUUAAUAUUUUCUGAAGUAGUCCCGGGCCCCGUUUUACAAGCUGGCAUCAAGAUCCCACCUCCAGGAAUUUGUGACAUGCUUAGGUUUCACCUGGAGGGCCCUGAGUACAAGAUGACAUUACCUGUUGAGCCAAGGUUCACCGUGCCUCUAUUCCAGACUGUCAGUGUUUCAGUGCUUGUGGGGCGCAAGGAUUCCAAUAGGGUUGCUUGCAUCAUCAAUAAAUCCAUGUUUGAUUAUAUAGAUAGGACAGCAUAUAGGGCCUUGGCAUUUGACUAUUUAGACUUUUCUCCUGAUUACCCUUUCAUCUCAGGAAUCCGGGCAUGGAUCUCUUUGCUUUUCAUGGACGAUGGAAAUGACGGUGUUAUAGAUGUUUUUGGGGUUGAAAUGGAUUUCUGUGAUGCGGCAAAUUCUAAGGAUGAGGUUCUAUGGUUAUUAGACAUGCUUGAUUGGAAGUGAAGCGUUGGACUCUAUUGGCCAAGUGAAGGUAAGAAGAACCCAGCUGAAAUGGAUGUGUAAUGUACGUUUGCAUCUUCAUUGGUUGUUUAAUCUGUGGAGGAGGGCACAACGAUAAAUGUUCGAACUCUUUAACCUCCAGCGAAGGCUUGAGUGGUAACUAUCUGUUUUGUUCACCUGCAUGUUUACAGUCUGUACAUAAUUUUUAUUUUUAUUGCGUUAAUAAUUAUGAACAAUUAUUUGUAAUUCUGUGGCCAGAUUUAUCAUUUACUUGUAAUCGAUCAAUAACAUUGGAUUUGUAUUAUGGACAAGUGUUAAACAUUGUAAUAAAAUCUUUACUUAAUAAUA